CUCUGAGUUUAAGCAUUCUAAAUAAUAUAAAAAAUGGCUCCAGUUGUUAAUGGCACUGUACCUCCAAUGGUUGGAAAGCAAGAAAUAACUACAGUAUUUGUAGGUAACAUAACAGAUAAAGCUUCAGACACACUGAUUAGGCAGAUUCUGAUGAAAUGUGGAUAUAUUGUAAGUUGGAAACGUGUACAAGGGGCUUCCGGUCGCUUGCAAGCCUUUGGAUUUUGCGAGUACGCAGAACCUGAAUCUGGAUUAAGAGCUAUGCGAUUGCUUAGUGGGUUUCAAGUGGGUGAUAAAAAAUUACUGGUAAAAGUAGAUUCCAAGACAAGAGAGCAACUUGACCGUUACAAAGAACAAAAGAAAAUUGAAAAGGAAGUUUUAACUGGUGCAAGUCUUAGUGAUUAUGAUAUUGAAAAGGAUGACGUAACCACAAAACAAGAUAAACUGCUUGCACAAGAAAUUGAUAAACUUCUAAGAGAUAACAUGUCUGAGUUAGACAGUGGUAUUUUACAGACUUUUAAGAAAACACACAGCGGCAAUGCAGAAAAUCUGGAGGGAUUAGACAUGAACGAUGACACGAAAAAUCUUGUUGCAAAGGAGAUUAGAGGUUUUCGAGAAACCUAUAAGGAGGACGAGAAGAAAAGGGAGAGAGAAAAAGAACGCGAAAGAGAUCGCGAGAGAGAACGAGACAGAGAUAGACAUCGUGACAGAAGCAAGGAGCGCGAUAGAGAUUACGAAAAAGACAGACAACGCGAACGCGAGAGGGAACGCGAACGGGAGAGAGAAAAAGAACGCGAGCGUGAAAGAGAAAAAAAGCGUCGGGAACGAGAAGAACGUGAAGAGAGGGAACGGAGAAGGGAAGGAAGCGAUUCAGAAGCAGGUCGCCGCGGCACACCUAUAAGAUCACGGCGAUCAAGAUCGAGGUCUCGAGAUAGAACAGUGGAAGCAGACGAUGAUGCCUAUGAAAGCAGGAGACUCGAUCGCAUAAGAAAAGAAAAAGAAAUUUUAUAUAUGGAGAAAGUGAAGGAGUGGGAAGCACGAGAGCGAAAGAAAGCGCGUGAUUAUGAGAAGCAGUUCACAAAAGAGGAGAGGAAGCGUAGCGACGAAGAGGAAGAAAAACACAGACUACUAGAGUUUCUCGAAGACUACGACGAUGAUAGAGAUGACGUGAAAUACUACAAAGGAAGUGCGUUCGCCCGUCGAAUGCGCGAUCGUGAGUUGGAGAUACAAGCUGAUGCACGUGAUAAACAGCGCGAAAUGGAAGAGAUCGAGGAAGUGUUAAGAAAAAAAUUAAAUGGCGAAAUCGUCGAACCAGUACAAACAACAGCAACAAAAAUACAUGACAACAAAGAAAAUGAAGCUCCGUCUCCUGAAAAGGAGCAAGCCACCAAUCCUAACCUUCGACCUGCAUUCUCUUCAGUUCAGAGCGACGCGUCUUCUCCGGCUCAAGCGCAGUCAAGUCCAAGCCCUGAACCAAGUCCCGAACAGCCAAUACCGGAACAGAAGCCUGCGAUUUUGAAACGUGAGCACAGCAACGAGAACCCAUCUAUAGAGGCGCCGUCGAAAAAAUUCGGCUUUGGAAUGAAAAUGAAUACCAGUGUGGCGAAUAAAAACAAACUUGGAACCGUGUUUAAUGCGAAUGACGAUGAGGUAAAUAGCCAAGAGGAACCAAAGAAAAAAUUAACCCGAUUAGAUGACGAUACGGAUAAAAAAGAACCCACUGUGGAAGAUAAACGGAAACUAAUUAAAAAUCUCAUCGAUAAAAUACCCACGGUUAAAGAAGAGUUAUUUUUAUAUCCACUUCGCUGGGAUAUUGUGGAUCCGAGUCUUGUCGAGAAGCGAAUCAAACCCUGGGUGAACAAGAAAAUAUUUGAAUAUAUUGGUGAGGAAGAACAAACAUUGGUGGAUUUUAUAUGCAGUAAGGUGUUAAGUAAAAGCAACGCGAAGAACAUUCUAGAAGAUGUCGCUAUGGUAUUAGAUGAAGAAUCCGAAGUGUUUGUGGUUAAGAUGUGGCGUCUGCUCAUCUACGAAACAGAAGCGAAAAAUCUGGGUCUGGUGAAGUAAGAUCGUCUCGAGGAUCGAAUUGUCGUGUUGUCAUGUAAGCUGGAUGUCUUCAACUCACUGCAUCAUCUGUCUGGCUCUGAUUCGCGUAAACUUGUUCUAUAUGAACCAUUGAAUACAGUAAAGUAAAGGACAUCAAGUGUUGUAAAUUAUAUAAUUUUACGAAACAAUUUUUAACAAAAUUUCACAUAAA